AUAAAAUACAGUUAUUACCAUCAUUACAGUUUAUCAUAAUAAAAUGUUAAAUUCUUGAGUUAAAUGACACCAAGUUAACUUUAUCGCCAGUACAUUUAAAGCUUAUUGUGUUCGUUGUUAACCAAAAAUGGCAAGGUCGCCAAAGGAUGAUCCAAGAUACACUGAAAUGCAGCAUAACGCAUGGAAUUAUCAUGCUGAAAACUCUGCAAAUCGUUCCACGCCUGGUUUAAACCAACCAACAAUCGUUCCAAAUCCACAUGUAAUGAAUGACGACAUGUAUGUGAAUGCUAGUUUCGCUAAUGAUGUUUAUUUGAAUAAGCACGCUUACAGCCCGCAGACAGCCGCUGCGGCUCCGGUAGAAGACAAGAUUUUCAACAAUAUACCUAAUAUACCUCGCAACCAAAACUACGGAAAUGCAAUGUUGAAUUUGGGUAAUGGUCAAAUGGUUAGAGUGUAUUAUGAUGAAAACAACAAACAGUUGAUAUUUCCUGUAUCCGGUCAGUAUGAGUUGUUCAACCACAAUCAAGGUAUCUGUGACACACAACAGUCACAGCCGCACCUUUUUACACUUAAUCAAGAUUAUUCGGUCCGCAACAAUAUGCAAGGAACACCUACAACAUUAAACCAAAACAUUGCAUUUCAUGAAAAUAUAAAUGCCCAGCCUACGUCUAAUUUCUUAAAAGAUUUAUUGGGUAAUUUAGAGCCAAACUCUACAGGCACAUACUCCCCUUUUGGCCAGAACUAUCCUUUGAAUCACCCAGAUGCUUCCCAUUUAAAUAUACCAUCGAAUCCUAUUAUUGAAACUAAAAGCACAAUUAUAAAGCCUGAGUCUCCAAAAAGGAAUGAGAAUAGUCCCCUAGCUGACACAAGUAACAAAAAACGAAUUAUUGCUGAAGUAAAGCCAAUGCGACCUUCAUAUUCUGAUGUGCUGGCUAAGAACACCAAAAAUGUCAACACCAUUGAUACAAACCGUAAAAUUAAAUCUCAAACUCCUGAAACAAAACCAACUAACAUCAAAACAAAUGCAAAACAUGAGAAGCCAGUGUAUAGUGGUAAACAAUAUGAAGAUAAUAAGCCGAAAACAGACAAAAAACAAACGACAACAUUAUCUUCAGGCAGUGAGUCUGGUGACCACAACACUGAUGACAAUGAAAAGCAACAACGCUCCAACAAAAAAACUAAAAAUAAACGCAAUUCACUAUCCCGAAAAUGGUCUUCACUUGAAGACUUUACAAAUGAAGAAGAAAUUAGCUACACUUGUAACAAUGAGAGCCAGUUUGUGUUCAUAGAAGAUCAAGAUAAGCCAAUGAAAAAAGAAAAAAAAAGUGAUCAUACCAAAAUCAAACUAAACAAACUUAACUUUCUGGAUGAUGAUUUGAAUCUUGAUGAUGAUUUUGAAAGUUCAGAAUUUGUUCUCCAGGAGGAACAAAUGAAUGAAGCUGUAAAGACAAAGAAAAAAAAAGACCGUAGCUAUCAUAAAAUCCCUAAGCCCACCCAGGACAAAAAGAAGGGGAAUCAAUGUAAGUCCAGGAGGAAUAAACCAGGAUAUUUAGGACUGGCUCAAAAUUAUUUAGAACAUUGGGGUGAAGCAACAUGGAAGGCUCUCAUAUGGUUUAUCUAUUUGCUCUCCGAUAUUUGUCGCAUGAGUCUUCAUUUGUCCUUUGACUUAUGUACUUCUGUAUUCACACAAACAUAUGUGAGCUCCCAAGCAGUAUGGCGCAGCAGCAAGGAAUGGCUUUCGAAGAUUGGAGACAAUAAAUACCUAUCGUAUAUAGACAGAAAACUAGGACACACAUGGUUUGGUUUUUGGAGAAAAAUGAAAUGGUUCAAGAAAGAAACAGAAGCGGAAAAUGGAAAUGACUCGACAAAAUUAAAUGCCAACAUACCAUUGCCCGCCACUGGUGAGGAAGCCAUGAAACGACUGCUAGCAUGCAAAGGGAAAGAUCCUUACAGUAUUCUCGGCGUAAGCGUGGACUGUUCGGAUGAAGAUAUAAAACGUUACUAUCGGCGUCAGGCGUUCCUUGUUCAUCCGGACAAAAACCAGCAACCCGGGGCUGAAGAGGCCUUCAAAAUACUGCAGCAUGCCUUUGAUCUCAUCGGAGAACCGGAGCGUCGGGAGGCGUACGGGCGGCGCGCCGCGGAGUCGCUGCACGCGGAGGCCGCCUGGGCCGAGCUCAACGCGCUGCUCGCACAGCUGCACCACAAGAUGGAGUUCGCGGCCAACACUAUACGCUGCACGAACUGCGGGCGGCGCCACAAGCGCGUGCAGACGGACCGGCCGUGCUACGCGGCGCGAUACUGCGCACAGUGCAAGAUACGACACUCCGCCAAAGAGGGUGAUAUCUGGGCGGAGUCUAGUCUGAUGGGUCUCCUGGUGAUGUACUACGCUUGCAUGGACGGAGCCGUUUACCAGAUAACCCAGUGGGCUAGCUGUCAGAAGAAGAACUUGAGGCAGCUGCGUCCGGACUGCCACGUGGUGCAGUACCGCAUCGUGCUCGGGAACAAGGCCGCCGCCGCCGCCGCCACCGCCGACAACCACGAACCGAAUCUAGAAGAGUUCCUGAACAGUUUGUACGGCAAGUCCGGCGCGCCGCCCCCCGCCGGAGCCCGCCCGCCCACCGACUCCGCUGACGCCAAGAAACGACGCAAUAAAAAACCUAAAAUCUAACCCCGAACAAAUUUGUGUGCCCUCCACAAUAUUAAAGUAAAACCUCCAUUGACACUGGCCAGAUAGAUAAAUUAUUAUAUUUUGGAAAUUAUGAUAAAAAUGUUUUAAAAAAAUAAUCGGGACGCUUAGGAUUAGAAUGCCUUGUUGGCAGUUUAUCAUUGAGAUUGCAGAUUAAGAGAU